AUGAACGGCACUGUCAUACAUCCUGGUGAUAAAGUAACGGUUACACUCACUUUUAACGACGAAAAAGAUCUAAAAAACAACAAUUUGCCCAACAAAAAUGAAAAGCAGAUUCAACGGACCAAAACAUUACCCGAAGGAUCAAAACAGAGAGAACAGGAAAACCACAAGACUAAGGAUGGAAAACAACUUCAACGACCAACACUAACUUCGCGAAGAAGCAGCUCAUUACUGAGUUUGAACAUAGAGGGACUCUUGAUUGUUCCAGAGUUGGAAAAGAGACUUAGAAGAAACUCGUACGGGGGCGUUUCAGCCAACGAAGCACAGAAGGCAGCUGAGAAGGAAACGGCUGUUGACCCUUCAGACGGAAUGCUCACUACCUCGCUUUGUUCAACUGAGCUUUGAUGAUUCAGUAAGACUAUGUAAAAGGAAUGCAUAUCAAGGAACGAACUGUGUGACUGUAGAGAAAAGAUUAUUUUCAAGUCCUUACUUUAGAAUAUAGUUUAAAGACAUUCUUGCACAACAAUUUAAAAAUAUUAACUUCAGUGCCACAGCCAGAGUCUCAACUGGAUACUCGAUCUUCAUUUGAAUGGGUAGUGGCUAAUGUUCCGUCUGCAAUAAGAAACCGGUCUAUUUUUUCCACCAUGGAAGCGAGGGUACAUUCAAUCAAUAAAUAUUGAACAACUCAAGUAGUUGCAUAAGAAGCUUCUCUGUUUUGAAACAUUCAUGCACUCUGGAAAAGUAGAAAUAAAUUCAAAUGGAGCUCUGCAUGGUAGCUUCCACAUACGCUUCGACGUUUGAGAUGAGAUACUGUAACACAAUUGAGUUAAAUUUUGCUGAGUAGUUCUGGUAUUUUGACUGUUUGUUUUACAUGUGCUAGUUACGUCUGCACUUCACCAGUCUAGUGCUACGACUACAAUAACUGCAUCCAACAAGAAAACAGUUGAGAUAUGAUCCCAUUAGUUCUGUUGUCUAACUAAAUAUGACUGAUGACAUUGCAAAAGGAGCACUGAAGCCGUUUGGAUUUUGCCGAAAUAAAGUAAGCGUAGUUUCUAGCUGAUUUCAUUAUUUCGUUUUGAUGACAAGUAACCGUGGCGAUUUACAAUUUGACUUUCAAUCAGUCUGUCAGAUGAUCCGUUUGCAUUUUCAAAGCUGAGUUUGCUUACGGGGGGCUCAGUCGAGAUUCCAGUCAAUGAUUUAAAAGCUGACCGUGAACACUGCCCUGAGCAUUUGAUAAGAGCACGUUACGUCAAGGGCAAUUAAGUUACUUUAGCUUUACUUAAUGUGAGUGAAUAUGAGUGAAUAUCAUAGACUCUUCGUCCGAAAUUUGUUAAAUUUGUUGCUCGUCAUGUACCGUACUAUUUUGAAAUUGUGUAUGUUCAGUACUAAGAACAGUAUUAAAUUAGACAAUUUGGGGGGUUAGAAAGGCCAACCAUAGCCUUGUAAGUAAUUUGUUGUAGGUUAGUCUUAGAGACGAGUCCCGCUGGGUAACCGGGUUUUUCAAAAUGGCGAUAAAUUAGACAAAUAGAUAACUUCACAUUGGGGGGCACUUCUUAAUGUGUGGAACAACAAAAGAAGCACCCUUGAGGGCUCUUGUACUGGAUAUAAACAGUUUUACGUAGAUUUACACACAGAUAUGUUGUGCACUUAAUAGUCAGCUGUUUGCUAGACAAUACGAAAACAGAGUAACAUUUCAGAAAAACUCUGCCUUUUAUAAUUUUCUUGCCAAAAAUGUUCCGCAUACCACUUGGCUGAUGAACACGGUAACAUAUUCUACCGUAUAAUAACAUACGGUCUGAUAAUUCCCUUUAUCAUUUUCUACACACGUUGCUUUCGUCAUAUCAAAGAUUUGGCAUGUUUUUCUAAGCUAAAGAAGGAACAGUUUGUUUUGGCAAGAACUAACCUUAGUAAUAAAUUAGGCUAAAUGGCUUAAAUAAUUCUUUGUUCCCUUGGCUUGAAAAAUACAAUGAUGAUGUUAAGUAAUUAUAGAUUACGUCAUAAAGCAAAAUGGACCCAUUUGGAAACAGCAUGUGGUUUUUCUAAUCAGUAUUUUGUAGAAUACUUUGUUUACUAGCACCUUAGUAGACAUAGAUAUGGAAGAUAAGAUACUUGUUACGAGGGACGAAGCAUUGUGCCGUAAAUGCUGUAGGCUGAUGUAGAGUUUGAAUAUUGCUGUCCAAUGUAGAUAAACUUUACUAUGUUAUUAAAAAUAAUUGACUGAAAUGAAGUUUAUUUGAAGGUAUCAAUUUUGAAUUCAUUUGUCGUAAAAUAAGGUUUCUCUGUAACCAUUUAGAAGUUAUGCUCAGCGAACGAGUGUCAGCAUUAAAGCAGCGACGUUUUUCAGCGACGGAUGUCAAGCGGAAGUGGACUUUUUGCACACUUGAGGUGUGAUUUUGAACAAAAUUUAAGGUAGGUCGUCUCUCUAAGAGUGAAGACACUUAGCCAUACAAAUUUGGUGGCGUCAAGGUAUAUGAAAGGAGAAAAAAGCUCAAAAAAAGCUGAAGCACUUGCUCAGUGCUUUUAAAAGCUCUCUAAUAUAAAGGGUUACGUCACACUAUUGAAUUACUAACUUUUUUAAAAGCUAAAAUGUGUCUUUGCAUCAAUUGAAUUCUAAAAAUAAUGGUCCAUUUUUGUUAUGUAAGACUAUAUUUAUGCAUUGAAACUGUUUCCAGCGUCGUCUGUUGCAACGGAUGACAAGUAUGAACAUGGAUUAAAACUUGAAAAAGUUGGGCCGUUGUUUCAAGUUUUAAUCACUGAAAACAAGUAUGAUAGUUAGUGCUCCCUGAUGAAAUUUGUUUGAUUAAAAAAUGCACUUUAUUUGAGUGUCAAUGUAUUUAGCACGAAAGUACUAAUUGGGACACUCUCUGCAGUCAAGCGCUCUACCGACUGAGUUGAUCCUGCCUCGGUUUGAUAUCUUCGUUAUAACUCUACAGGCCGAGCAUUUUAUGAAUGGGUAAAGGCACUAAGUAAAUUCAGCGAAGAAUUGACCUAAAAAAGCAAUAUCCCCGUGGCACCUUUAACAUCGUUUCAUCGUUCGUUGCCAAUAGCCUCCUCAUCAGAGGAGACAAAGCAAACCAAAGGUCAAGGAGCAAUAUCAUCCCUAUCGUAGAUAAACUUACCAACCGUCUUAUACUGAAUAAAAUCCAACCAGUUUUAGACCAACAUCUGCGCCCGAACUAGAAUGGCUUCAGACCAGGCACUUAGAUCAACCACCUCCCAGAUAUUACUGAGCUCUCCGAAGACUUAUUGAGGGAGUCAAGUCCAACAAACUACCCGCAGUAAUUCUUUUUCUCAAUUUUCCAAAGGCUUUCGACAGCCUUCAUCGUGAAAAAAUGCUGCGAAUCCUCAAGUUAUAUGGUAUACCUGAAGAACUUGUGAACGCAGUCGUAAAGAUGUAUGCAUGAGAACACUCAGGUACGUGUCCUGUCGUCAGAUGGAGAAACAGACUGGUUUGAAAUCACAGCGGGAGUAUUGCAGGGCGACACUCUUGCCCAACAUCCUCCUUGACUAUGCGAUGAUCGAGCCAAACAUUAAAAGCACAUGGCAAUCCUGCCGGCUUUACGGUUGAACCAAGAAAGAGCAAACGCCACCCACCCAUCACAGUUAGCGAUCUAGACUUUGCCGAUGACACAGCGUUCAUACUCGGCCACAUUGAUGAAGCACACUGACUCUGCUAUUACUUGUAGAGAAUUCAGUCGCAAAUGUAAGACUACAUCUGAAUGCAGUUAAAACUCAGGCAAUCGUGCACAAUCAAGACCCAGCAGUAAUUGAAACCAAAAGCAACGACUCAAUGCAAUAAGAACAGUAGCUGAUUUUAAAUAUCUAGAUUUGGAUUGAUGAUUCCAUCAAAGACAUGAAAACUAGAAAAGCUCAAACUUGGGCGACGUACGAUAAGUUGGGCAAAAUUUGGAAUAUAUCCUGUGUACUAGGGAAUUAAAGGUUGAACUACUCCUGGCAACAGUAGAAAGUGUUUUCCUUUACGGUAACGAAACAUGGACUCUAACUAAAAGUACAGAAAGGCAAAGUGAUGGUGCCCAUACUAGAAUGCGUCGCACAGCACUUAAAGUUUCUUGGAGGGACCACAUUACAAAUGAAGGUCUGUAUUAGAUGGUGGACAUCCAAUCCUCUGUGCCGGAGUAGGUUGUGUUACACAUAAAGAGGAGAAGGCAUCGAAGCUUGUGUUGUGGCAUGCAGCCACAACACGGACAAACUAAGAGAAGAAGACCUAAGACCACGUACAUACACACUUUGCUUGAGGACGCCGGGUUCGCCACUAUCGGAGAACUCAGAACCGCAAUGCUAGACCAGGACUGAACAGGGAGAAUCCAUGUUGUCCAAGCUAGAGCUCGGCCAAACUAAACUAACUUUGACCCAUACAAGUGGCUCCGUCUUUUUAGUCUGGAUACAAUUCACCGAAAUGAAAACUAAAGGUUCGAAAUUCAUUCCUUGGGGUGCUGAGAUCAUUACAUAAUUAUGUGAUGUAAAAUUUUUAAUAUAUUAUGUUCCACCUUUUACUCCAACAAAGACAAUCUUCCUAGUUCCAGAUAUAAUGUUCUUGUUGAGUUUCUUCGCCUCUUUUCCCUAAAGAACUUUUAUUUAAUAGCUAUUUUGAAGACGUUAUGUCAAAUCAAUCCUUUGAAACCAAUAUAAUGGGAUUGGGACUUGUUGGUUUUUUCGAAGAAAGGGGAAAAUUGGAAUACUUGGAGGAAAACCUUUCAGACCAAGGAAGAAGACCACCAACAGGCUGAAUCCAAAAAUAGCGUUAUUGCCAGGCCCUUGACCCAGGCCACAUUAGUGGGAGGCAAAUGUGAUCACCUUAACCAACCGUCUUUACUCUUGCAGUUGCUCAUCUGGUGCGCGGCCUCCCUCCGCAUAUUGGUCGAUUGGCACAAGGCAGUGUCAUGUUAAGGGACGUCCUUAACCUGGGAUGGCUACCUUCAAUACACGUACGCAAUUAAACAUUCUUAAGCUUGGCCAUUGAGCUCUUUUAGUGAAGGUGGUCCCGAAUGCUUGCAACCGCCUAUGCACAAUCCCCAACGUACUCUGCGGUCUAGUAAUGCAACUGUAAUAGAAAUUUAUUUAGCUAAGGGUUAACUUUCCAGGACUCGUUAGAGACUUCAUUUAAUGUAAAUCAGACGUACGUCGGUGUCCAAACUUAACAAUUUCACAAUUUUAAAGAGUAGGGCUAGGCUGUGGUUAAGUGAGCCUCAGAAGUUGUCUUGAUAAGGUUUCUCAGCCAAGAUUACUCACGGUAUUUAUGUAUUUUAGAUUUGCAGUUUUAACAGUUUUUAAGUCCAUUAUGUACAUAGUUUGCUUUUUUAGUAACAUUAGCUAGUAUGACAGAUACAAUGUUACCAUGUAGAAAUACCUCAAUACUAUUAUUUAUUAUUAUUAUUAUUAUUAUUAUUACUAUUAUUAUUAUCAUUAUUAUUACUGUUAUGAAACAUUGUAUGUGAAAGGGCUCGGUAUACAUGUGCAUUGGGUCAUGACGUCAUAAAAAUUCCAAGGUAACCAUGCGAAAGGGUCAAAAGGGAGUACUGCACUGCGUAGCACUAAAACAUUCCUGUAAUGCAACGAAGCGAUGAGUACGUAGUUCUCCGGCUUGGCAAAAAUAUGUGCAGAAUCACUUAAGUUACAUUCCAGUGGCAAAAAUUAAAGUCAACUAUCAGAGAAUUAGAUAGGGUACAGGAUUUUUGUUUCGUUACUUGAUAAAAAAAAAAAAGGCUGAAUUUGAUUUCAUCAUAUGGUAUUUCUCAUAACAAACAAGAAAAAACGACUAACAAGAAAAAUCUUAACAUACAACAAAAUUGAUCACCUGUCAAACAUAAAAUUGCAAUUUAAAAACCGGCAGGGGUAGUGUCCUUAGGCAAAUUAAAUAUUGGUCCAGGCAUGAUAUAUUUAACUUGGAAAACGUAAUUCCCUUGAAAUUGUUCUACUAUCAAACGUUUUUUGAAACGAGGCAUAAUCAACUUUCAUGAUAUGAACAUUAAAAAAAUGCAAUAAAAGGAUGGGGUCACCGUGCUUGUUUACGCGUCAGCAGGCUCUUAAAUUGGGGUAUUUUUACUGGUUGCACGUUAAAAAAUUCAAAUCCCCUUCUUAGAGAAUUAAGUCGUUGUUAAUUGAAACAAACAAAAUUUUAUCUUGAACAUAAAGCAUUCUUUUAUCCAAAUAAGCAGUAUUGCUUCAUUUAAUUCGUUUUUGAUUGCCUGGUUGUGGGGAUAUUGCACUUUUUUGGACAGUUCCAUGGUUAAGUUGAGGUCCUCGCCUUGACCCAAAUGGAUCAAAUACGAAACUUUUCCCCACAAAAAUCAUGUUCUACUAUCAAACUUUUUUUCUUCUUCUUCAAAUAUGUUCUUUAUUAGACUAUUCUUAACAAAUACCUGAGAAACUUAAUUCUGUAAGAAGGGGAUUCGAAUGGUUAACGUGCAACCAGUAAAAAUACCCCAGUUUAAGAGACUGCUGACGCGUAAACAAGCACGGUGACCCCAUCUUUUUAUUGCAUUUUUUCAAUGUUCAUAUCAUGAAUAUUGAUUAUGCCAAGUUUCAAAAAAAGUUUGAUAGUAGAACAAUUUCAAGGGAAUUACCUUAAUUGAAUAAAAUUGGAUCAAUGCUACCGUUACUAUUCACAUGGUGGUUUAAAACAUGCAAUUUUGUCCAAUUUCAGGUUCAAUAAUAUUUUCAUUGGUUUUAGUUAAUCAAGUUGUUUAAUGACUUGGAGGUACCAGAGCCUGAAAUUAUUAUAAUUAAAUUCUACUUUGUCUUUUGUCUCAGUCGAUAUUUCUUAUAUUAGUCUCAGACACUGCAUUUCCACAAGAAAAUAGCAAAUAGCUUAAAUUGCGAUUCCUUUUAAAAUAAGACCCAGCCCUAAAAAUAACAUGGAAUCCGGAAUCCCAGAAAAUUUUGAAUGUGGAAUCUGGAAUACUGGGCUUUGGAAUCCGGAAUACUACUGAAGGAAACCAGAAUCCAACUAAGGAUUGCAAUCCAGAAUCCAAGUUAAAAGACAAAUACUGGAAUGAGGUACUCGUAAUCCGGAAUCCACGGCGUGGAAUCCAGAAUCUAUGAAUGUCUUUGAUUCCCUUACAAGCGGCGAAACGAUGGAAAACGAUUCUCACUGACAAUUCUUCCUUCUCAGUCCUGUUUUUUUUUUCCUUUGAAACUCACUAGCAGAGACUUUGGCUUUGCCUCUCUUAUUCACGCCAAGACAACCUCCACUGUGCCAUGGCAGGGUUCAGAAACCGACUGGUCUGACUUUGCAGUCUCCAAAAUGAAAUCUCAAUAGCGAUGAAAAACAAUUCUCAAUUACAAUUCUUCGUUCUCAGUCAAACUCACCUGCAGAGACUUUGACAUGGCCUCUUCUGUUCUAAGACAAUCAAACUCCAUUGUGCUGGCUCUGGAUUAGAACUGUCUAGCCUGACUUUGCAGUCUCCAGAAAGAAAUCUCAAUAACGAUGGAAUUAAAAAAAGAGCUCCUUAUAACACCUUUUCUUUGGCGCUUUGUCGCCUCCCAGCGGUAGUUAAUUUUUUUUUAUUUUUUUAUUUUCUCUUCUAUUUUACUUUAUUUCAAACUCCACCCCCAGGACGCGUCUGCACAUCAACCGUUCCUCCCUCAUUCCAAGACAGCCUCCGCUGUGUUGCCUCCAGGAUUAUUGGAUCAACUGGUUUACUUCGGUGUUUGCAGAUGAAAGUGUGAAAAUAAAAUUGACUAUCUAAGAAACCUGGAACAGAACUUUGCGAGUUGAGUCAUACCUGUCAGCGCUGCUUUUUGCAAUCCGUUCAGUUCUCUCUUCAAAAACUGAUAUUAAAAAAAUAAUACUUUGAUUCAAAUCAUAUCCCAAGAUGCCGCCCGGUCUAGUAAUAUUGUUGUCUUGGGGACAUUGUUAUUGUUUUGUUCAUUUGUUUUGUUAAAAGCCCUUUCAAAAACACAGUGUGACAUGCUGGUUUCCCAAGCUAGAAGCUAAACUUAAUAAAGAAAUUCAUAAACAAAGAAAAAUGUUCAGUUUUAAAUAACAGGAUGGUUAGGUUUUUUUUCAUCAAACUGCUGUCACAAAUGAAAGAGCCACAGGUUCAUUUUUUUAACUCAAUAUGACAAAAACAAAAUGUAGAUUAAUACCAUAGCUAUUGUAUUUUAACAAAGGGGCACUUGAUAUUAACUCUGGUUAAAUAAUGCUACCAUUUAUGAGAAACGCAUUUAGAAUAGAUCUCAUUAAUUAAAUCGUCGUGGUUUGUUGGCCAUCAAUUAUAAGCGUGCUGCGUGAGUGUUGACCGCUUUCGAUCUCAGAGAAUGGCGAGGAAAAUUGAAAUCUGCGAAUCACUGGCCGAAUUUCAGUUGUAGAGGUGCAAAGAUAGAAAAAGGGGAUGUAAGUACGGUAGGCAUGAAUUUCGAGCAAGGGAAUCCGGGCCAAGAAACUACAGGAUUGAAAGAGUGUACCAAGCAUCGAUCCAACAUUGCUGCUGUGGAAAACAAACAGAAACUCUGUUCUCUAAGGCAAGACAGUAGUCAAAACUCCAUGGCAGAUAUUUCGUCAAGUGUUGCAGAUAAACAAGAUGCGAAACCAAAGCCAGUCAGGAAACGAAGCAGUUCUCUCAGUGACUUGUGGCAACUCAAACAGUUUCUUGAGGACAACCAGUACGAAAGAAUUAAAUUACGAAGGGUUAGUUCCAUUCCGAUGUCGAGCAAAUCAGGUGAACAAGAAACACAACUUGAAGACGGUUUGUUAACAACAACGCUAUGUUCUACAGAGCUUUAACGCUAGGUCAAAAAGGAGUGGGAUUUAGCUGACAUCUUGGCUGCUUCUAUCAGGUAGCUAAUUAGCCUAAUAUCAAUAUCAGUCACGGCUAAUGCAGAAUAAAUCGCGUGUCGUCCGAUAGUUCUUGAGAGAUAAUAUCUCUAUUUUGAUUAGAAUGUAAGGAAAGGUCCUCUGUAGCACUGUCUUUUGUUAAGACCGACUAGCAGUUAUUUACAAUAAAAAAAACCUGCUAUAAGAGAACUUACAGCACAUCCGAGUCUCUUCACUUUGUAAGCACGGUUUACAUCCCCCGUUGGCAAUGUUCACCCUAGAAGCUAUCGAUAUAAUUAAAAUGAGCGGUUGUUAUGAUUACCACGCGGUCUGAGUAUACACCAAUUUAAAGUCCGUAUCGCACCAAAGUAAUAAAUAGAAACCCCGCUAAAUGAUUUGCUUUAUAAUAUUGCAGCGUCACUAGCUGCUGCGCUGCCUUCAUGACUAAAAAAUCCACGUUUUCUGUUGUGGAUUCCUUCUAUCCAGCAACUUAUACUUCAUCAAAUUAAUAGCAUUAACACUGUGAGGUAACACUCCCUUAACCACACGGAAAACAUCAACCCCUUAAAUGACAAUUUUUACUUCCCAUUUUCAUAUCCGUGCAAGAUGCUACGCAGUCUUUAUUGAUAUUAUUAACUUCUCAGUAGCUUAUAUUAAUGAGUGCGGUCAGGCCGGGUGUCAACUUUCAAAGAUUUGAGUCAAAGACUGAUGUUACAACUCCGAUUGUACUCUACUACUGACAGCCGGGCAGAGAUCAGCAGAGGAAAACACUGAUCAAUGGUUUCUGGUUGAUCGUCACACUUUAAGAUUUCACUCAAAAGCACGACCUUGCACAGAAUUACAGAGACCUGUGAUACAAAAAAGAAACAAUGCAAAGGCCUUAAGGGAACUUAGGCAACAUUGGUCCAACGGUGCCAUAGUGCAUUUCGACACAACCCUUACUCAAUCUCGCGCGAAAACUUAACAUGACCAAUUUAAUUCCGGCCGACGCAUCGUCUACAAGCGGUUUAGAGUAUCUGCGACACCUACUUCCCUUUCGAAACGGUCGUUCCCAUUUUAAACGGUCGAUGCCACCAUUUGCAACCAAGCCUUAAGUCAUAAUAGGUGUUAUCAAGAGCCAAUAUGUUUCCUGGAUGAAGUUACAAUAAGCCAAAUACCUAGUAUGUUUUGAAUAGUCUUAGAAAGAACGAUGUUGAAGCCCAAGUCGAAAAAAAGUUAUGGAAAGUGCUAGGGUCACCUGUUAUUGAUGUAACCGUUAAGAAAGACAGUUUGCUAGUUAAGUUUGUACUUAAAUUUUUCGGAAUUAUUGUGGGUUGGUGUGGUGGUGUAGUGGUCAAAGACAGAGAUUAGGAUACGGGGUCCACGUUCGACCCUGGGUUGCGAUAAAAACACUCUCAAUAACAGGUCAAAAAUUUUCUUAAGGUAUUAAAAAUGGCAGCGAACGUUUACAAAAGGGACAACAUUUGCAACGAAGGUUACCAAUUCAACAGCAUACAAGGAAAUUCUCAUCUGUACAAACAAUACAGUAGAUCCUCUAUUUAGCGCCCCCUCUAUCUAAUAUGCCCCCACCCUUUUUAGGGGAAGAAAGUUAAUAAGCCUCCCCUCUCUUUUAAGCACCAAAUGAGUUCGAGUUAUUCUAUUUUCCGACUCGAUCCUUUAAAGGCCCUUGUAAGUCAUUUUAAAUUUUAGCACCUUAAGAGAUAUCAAUACACAAAUUUUACCCACUGAGAGCACAUUGAGCAACCGCGCGAUGUGGAGUUCGCUCUAAUGUUGCUUUGUUGUAGCGGAUCGUCAUGUCAGGGGCACCAAAUUAUACCUUUGCUAACUAAAAAAAAUUGGUGAAACCAAGACACCGGGCUCGAGAAGGCUUCCUAUCAAUCAAAAUCCAUACUUCCUUGCUUGAUAUUAUCAGCGUUCUUGUAAAGAAGAAUUCAUGGAUACAACCGCUAAACUUUAGAGCUCAGAGAGCAUCAUAUAUUAGAUUCGCCUUUAUGGUAGUAUGGUUAUGGAUUGCCUUGCAGUAAUUUAACUGAUAACAGAAGUCAGAUAAGAAAAUUAAAAUAAAACUGUUAGUAAGAUAUUUAGCUAAAAAGAACUUAGAACCGAAGAACUCAGUUUGUCGCUGUCGUGGACAUAGAAAGUCUUUACCAUGAAAGAUUUUUCUUGUGUUUUAGUCAGUAUCAUCUGGCACCUAAUGAAGCAGAUGUUCGGAUAGUAAAUGUAUUCGAAAUUUGCGUUGACAGAGGGAGUGUAAGCUAUAUAUAAACUUACUUUUUUCAGUAUCGAUCUCGCUCAUGUUCAGGACGCCUGCCCGGGGGAGGGACUCCGCACAUAAAAGGGGUCUCGCUUAGGGGUAUAAAUUUCGGAUUUUGGUCUCACUUAGUGUUCUGGGCAAAACGCCAUCAUAUUUAGCUGUGAAGGUCUCGUUCAGGGUUGCACGUGACAAAAUAUAAAAAUAUGUGUAUUGUCUGUGUUUUACCAUGGUCUCUUUUAGGGGUAAAAAAAAUUCGUAAAAUAGAAAGACUACUACGGAGUAUUAUGCUCUAAUUUCAUUGAUUUCUUUUGUUUAUUUCUAACUAUUUGGCACUAAUUGUUACGUAUUGUUUCACGGGUAAACUAUAAUCACUUUAAUGCAUUCAUGUGUGUUUGAAUGAAACGGAUGUAUCCUGAAAGUGUGUGCUUCAAAAAUACUUUCCGACGGAGUUGUAACCAAAGCUGUUAACUAUAAACUCUGAUAGAAAAUACUGAGUCAUAUACGUUCCAAAAAAAAGGUUCCAUGUUUUGAAAGAAUGCUCAAUUGCUUUACAGUUUGAAUGCUAUUCCCACCCAACUGCUGAAAUUUUUCAGUAUUACACUCACGGUUCAGCUCAAUAAAGUUUACCACAAAAAAUGCUGCUCAAUGGUUUUCGGCUUUAACCACAGGCACAAAAAAAGUCUCAACCGACGUUCUGAACAUUGUCAAUGGACAGCACUGCACAGAGCUUUCGUUUGCAUAUAUUAAUCAUUCUUUAGGAACGCAAACACAACAGUUGAAAUCACCCUAAAGUUUUCGAAUAAACUGAACAACAAAAAGAUUUACAGGCUGAUAGUUUUCUCCCGCAAAUAUACACUCUGCAGGUCUUGUCAAUAAGCCAACAAAACAAAAUUCUGCUGCCUUAUAUUUCCCAACGACCAAGCCCUUCAUCAUAUGGGAUACCCACGAGAUACUCGUAGGUGACGGUGUACAGUUUCUGAAAAUUCGGGUGAUAGGCUAAAAGCAAAAAUGAUCGUACUAUAUUGGCUAUAUCACAGACACAGAAGGCAACAGAACGCAUUUCGUAUGUUAUUUCCUCUGUGUGCCUCAGAUUCAUCAACAUGCACAUCAAAGUCUCAGCCUAAACACAGGAGUGAUAUAAACUCGUUCGCGCGUUCGUAUAGCAAACUCGGGGCUAAAUUGCCCGGCUAAAUUGCUGCUCUCAAAAAACCGUGCACCGCAGCUGAAGACGUUAUUUCAGUUCUCUGACUCGGGAUCGAUGUCCUCUGUGAUCGCAGUCAGUUACCGUAAAGCAAUGUUGCCGCGAAUCCCUGUGUUAUUGACUGAGCAAGCUCGCUUGACGGUUUCCUGUGCGGCGUCUCUGCCAAAACCAUAAUAAUCAGUUUUUAAAGUUCAGUGGAACAAAACGUCGUGGUCAACAAUCCGUCCACAACAGCUGUUUCGUGUAGUCCUUGUGUGAUUUCCACGAGCUUCUUGUUUUUAACUCCUGCAAAAGAGUGACAUCUGCCUCUCCUCAAAUCGGUCACAACCGAGUUGUUUUGAACUAAGUUUAAGCUGUGACCCUCAGCGAUGCUUCUUAAUCUCUCAGCUUCUCGAACACUCAGCCCUGUAAAUGAUAUACUUCGCCGAAUACGUUGCGGCUGAAAAGAGUUCAGUAUUUCCUUUUCCUCUUUCUCACUUAAACAGUCAACGGCUAUGUCUGUAUCACUACCUUUCACAACUUUUGAGCUUCCUAUUUCACUUGGUUUGAAACUUGGAGCUUCGCAAUCUUUGUCACAGUCUCUCAUAGCUCGUGAUUGCACGCAGCUUAUCCCGCGUCCCAAUCUGUUAAUUGUCUCUGAAAAGCGGUGCUUAAAUCCCGUCUUCGUCAUCUUACGGGUUUUCAAAGCGUUGUCGUUUUCUUUAUAUUUGCCGGGUGCAUUUGCGAUGUUUGCUGGACAAGACGCACCUAUCAGAAAACAAAUGGAUAAAUGGCAAGCUAUUCUGCAUACAAAUCAUCGAUUUUGAAAAAUUGCGUGAAUCAAUUAGCUUUACCAUAAUAAUGAGUCGGCACUACAUUUGCAAAAUUUGAAUGCCAUCUUUCUCUUUCCCGAACAAAAACAACAUCACGCUUUGUCUGUUGUUGGUGAUUACUUAAUUAUUAUGGAUGUAAUUUUGCGCAUUGAAGGUGCAAAACUCUCAUGUUAUCUUUUUGCCAACACACCAACAAAUCUUGCAAAACACGACAACGAAACGCCAUUGAGCAUCCCAUGUACCUCUUACAUAAAAUCAAUUAGCAGACCAAUUAAAGAUUUAUCUUAAGAGUUAUACGACCUUGUUAUCGCCUAGGGAGCUAUAAAAGCAAUUCGGCUAUAGCGGCGGUAAACAACUUGAUUUAUAUGCAUACUAGAGUUAAUAGAAUCCAUAUGAUCGUAAGCUUUUCUUUGUCGUUCGGCAAGGCGGCAAGUAAGCCGUACAGACUUUGAUCGAGUAGUGUUCAAGAUGUGCCAUUGGCUUGAAGUUGCGGUAACGCUAUAAAGAUGGAGUGAUUGUUCUGCCGUAUUGUUGACAUAAAGUUUAUUGUCUCGAGUCUUGGCCUCUAGCUACGUAGCAUGGCAGUUUUGGUUGAGCGCGCAAACUAGCCAAGGUGUGGGGAGGGCAGUGAAAGAAGAAAAUGAGACAUUAGGGCGCUUCGCCGCUCAUUUGUGUGCCCGACAGAUCCCCCAUGCUAGGGCUACGCAGGCUACUUGGCCUCUUGUCAUUGACGGACCUCCCGACCGUCGAACUUGCAUUUGUUUAGAACAAGCGCCGAUAAAGAUUGCCGGUUUCAAUUACAGUCAACUCCCUUUAUAGCGGACACUGUAGGGACCUUGAGUCAGUGUCCUCUUUAGCGAGAGUCCGUAAUAGCGGGAGUUUAUUUUAGUCAAACGUCUGUAAUUUAUUUUUGCUGAGGACUUAGCUACUGUCCGUCUUAUCGCGGGGUGUCCGUUAUAGGGGGUGUCCGCAAGGCGAGAGUUGACUGUAUUUUGUACACAGAUCUCACUCGGUCUCACACUGAAAAUUGGUCAGGGUAUGAUAAUAGGCCGGUACGUAGUAGUGGGCUCCUGGUAGUACCAGGAGCCCAUAACCCGGAGAGAGCAACUUCCAUGCGCUCGUGUCACGGCGUUUUCACGGACCAGUUUAUUUUUAGAACGGUUUUGGCGCAAAUUUUGAAUAUCUUUUAAAUUCCACAAACCAGUCAGCAAAAACUACAGACCUUAAAAUGAUAUCUAUUGCCUUUUAAUGACGUUUAGGUUUCCUUUUUGAUAUCGUAUACUUCAAAUGCGCUCAUAGACAUGGUGGAGAUUCUAUUUUCGCGGGAAAAAGUGCCCUAAAAUGUGUCUAAAAAUAAACUGGUCCGUAAAAAGGUCUUACUACUAAUAGAACAGCUUGUUAUAAUUACAGCUACUGUCAACGAUGAGGAACAAAACUGUUGAGUCAUCCCCAUAUAAUGGCUAGAUCUAUCCCUUCUCUCUGUGUACCCCAACCCCUCCCCAAAAUCAAUCUUGUAUUUUACAAACAACCCGAGGUGGUUGGGUUUUACGACGUUUAUGAUAUAGGAAAAUUUUUUUACAUAUAUAUAAAAGCAAGCGUUUUAAACAAGUGUGUCAACUACUUUUGUCACUAAUUGGAGCUUAUCUUGGAAUGCGCAGUUACAUUGAUUCCAUUUUCGAAUUAGCGAAAACGUGCGUUGAGCACGUGCUUAAAGCACGUGACAGCUUAAAAGUGUAAUUGACUUUUCGUUCUAUUGUGUUAAAAUAACUUCAUGAACACACUUCCGCCAAUCAGGGAUAUUCUACAGUCAAUUAAUGUUUUUUUUGAAAAAUUAGACAAACAGUUUUGGAAAUAGUUUUCUCUCACUCUCGAAAUAACUUUUCGACAAGGUAAAUGUCAAAAACCUUAAAAGAAAACCUUGACAUUUUCACUUCUAAUCAGAUGCUGUCCCGCAAAAAGUUUCCUUCUGGCCUCUUUUUUAACUUAAAGCAGUGUUGAAAGAGUUUUCAAGUAAACUUAACUUAACACUUUUUACUUGCACGAACCCAAAAACUAGACCGGCGUUAUGAACAAACCCAGCGGAAACGCUCCGAUCGUUAUGCAUCACACAGGCCAUGACUUUGCUUUCAAUGGUCAAUGAUCAUGAGGUGAAUUAAAAUAUAUGCAUUAAAACACUUGGAGUGACUUGGGGUUUCAGGAGCUUUUAUUUCGAGAAAGUAUUCAACAGUAACUUUCACUUCUUAAGUUACACUCAAAGAUUUCAAUUGGGAACCAAAUGUUAGGGAUACGGACGCAGCUCAUAUCAUUUAACCGUAAACCGGUUAAAGGCGAAUGAAUCUGUAACUGCCAAAAAUAUAGAGUAGCUGCAUAUUUGGUUAGUUAAUCAAUGGAAGAUAAUUUAUUUUAAACAAUAAAACUGUUGCCUUCUAAAGAAUGCCAUUUUACUACACUUCAUUUCCUAGCUGUAAGCCGUAAAGAAAUUGUACAACGAUGGCCAUCUGUUCUGGCCCAAUCUCUUCUCGUUUUCGCCAAAAAAAACCGUGAAGUCAUUUCAUCGAUUUGUGGUGUUAAUCUAACUAAUAUUUAAAAGUUUCUUUCAUUGCCAGGAGAAAAUCAACCAUAAAUAGCAUGACUAUCAGAAUGACGUUUGAACAUUUUUGUACUAAAGCGAUGUAUCAGAUAAGAAAUAACCGGAAAUAGAAACCAAAAACAUCAUUGGUUUGUUUAGGAAGAGAGUACACAUGUUUUCCAAUAUACAGUAAAGGACUCUAAGCCUAUGACCCUGAACGAUUGCUUUGAUAGUUUUAUAUGCUAUUGACCUCUUCGUGAUGAAUAAUCUUGUGAAAACAAGUAAACAAGUACAAGAAGGCGUCUGAAUGCUUUAUUUCUAAGUGGCCUUCUAGAAACUACAAAGCGCGUCCGACACAAAGCAACGUAAAGGUUUUGCUAAUGAGGAUCUAUUUUUGAGUUAAGUGAUCGUGACAGAUGCUUCGAUAAUUGUUUAGCACUAAAAAGAGAACAAAAGAUCGUUCAAGCUUACAAACAUCAUUUAACAAUCGAUGUGAUUAUCAGAGGUUAGAAAUAUACAUCGCUGCGGUGCAGUACGGACCUAGAAAUUUCACAACAUUUGUAACAAGUUGAUACCGGGCCUUACAAGCAACUUAUACUAAGCCAAGUUUAACUUAACCUAAUAGCGUGCAGGCCUUUCAACCCUGUCGAUAGACCACAAAUCAUUUGACGAGGGCCAUUCAGAGCAGCUCAAGAAGAAAUAAUCAAGUUUUGCUCCACUAGUGUCAACUCGCGACGAAAGAUGAAGUCAAACGGAUCUAUUAUGUCCACUACACAAGUGCAGUCAGCUAUGCUAAGCAUAUCAGAGGGAAUCUUUGCAACGUCACUUUCUGAAAAGAACUGUUUGACGCUGAAGGAGUCAGUUAAAUCUUGCACAGAGGAAAAU